AUGUUCAGCUCUGUUUCACUAUUUGCCCAAAAAUCUAAAGAUGAAUUCAGAAUUAAUAUAUAUGUUACUCCAACUGUAUAUUUUGAAUCUAUGGAAUGUUAUAAAACUUUAUUUCUGCAAAAAAAAGAAGAACUUCUUGGCAAUGCAAACAAAUUGAAAAACGGUUUAUGGAAAAUUGAUGACACCAAAUUCAAAGUAGAAUCAAUGACUACAGAAUUGGUGGAAGCCAAAAAAUCUGUCGAACAUUUUCAAAAACAGUGCGAAGAAUAUCUUGCUUCAAUUGUGCAACAGAAACGAGAAGCUGAUGAACAAGCAAAGUCAGUUGGUCAGAAAAGUGAAAAAAUUGUAGAAGAAGAACUGAAAUGCCGCAAAAUGGCCGAAGUUGCUCAAGCAGAUUUAGCAGAAGCAAUGCCUGCUCUUGAUGAAGCUAAAAAAGCAUUGGAAGCGUUGAAUAAAAAGGAUAUUACUGAAAUUAAAUCAUACGGUAAACCACCAAUGCUGGUUGAAAAAGUUUUAGAAGCUGUCAUGAUAUUGAGAGGUAAUGAACCUACUUGGGUAGAAGCCAAAAGACAGCUAGGAGACCAAAAUUUUAUCAAACAAUUGCUCAAUUUUGAUGUUGACAACAUAUCGGAUCGCUGCCUCAAAAAAAUAUCAAGUUAUUGCAUUCAAUCAGAUUUUCAGCCGGAAAUUGUUGGCAGAGUUUCGACAGCAGCAAAGUCUCUCUGUAUGUGGGUGAGAGCCAUAGAACAAUAUGCAAAAAUUUAUCGAGUAGUUGAACCAAAAAGACACAGACUUGCAGUUGCUGAGGGUCAUUUAAAGGAAAAGAUGAAUUUACUACAGGAAGCUAAAAAUAAGUUAACAGAGAUUGAAUCGAAAAUGGCUGAAUUAAAACAGUCUUACGAUAAUAAAGUUCAAACUAAAGAAGAGUUUCGGAUAAAAGCAGAACAAAUGGAAAUUAAACUUGAAAGAGCGUCUCAGCUUCUUGAUGGACUAUCUGGAGAGAAGGAAAGAUGGCAACAAACUGUUGAGGUACUAGAAAGUGAAAGUAUGUUACUGGUUGGUAACGUAAUGGUCGCUUCCGGUUUUGUUACUUACACUGGAAUAUUUAAACGCACGUACAGAGAAGAUAUUAUUAAAAAAAUUUGGCUGCAAGAAAUGAGUCGUUUGGAUAUACCUUAUUCUAAAAGUAUCGAUCUUAUAGAGUUUUUAACUGAUCCCACAGUUGUCCGAGACUGGAAUAUGCAGGGUUUGCCAGGAGAUACCUUUUCUAUUCAAAAUGGUAUUAUUGUUUCGAAAAGUCUAAGAUGGCCUUUGUUAAUUGAUCCGCAAGGUCAGGCAUUUAAAUGGAUAAAAAAUAUGGAAGGAUCAAAGAAUUUGAAAGUAGCGGAUUUACACACCUCCGAUUACUUGAAAAUUUUUGAAGGAGCUACUGUCAUGGGUGUACCGAUGAUAAUAGAAAAUGUUUCAGAAGAUAUAGAUGGCCAAUUAAAUCCUAUUUUGGAGAAGCCUGUUUUACUAUCAGAGAAAAGGUUUCUCAAAUUUGGGGAAAAAGAAAUAGAGCUUAAUAACAAUUUUCGGUUAUACAUUGUGACGAAACUUAGCAAUCCACAUUACUCUCCUGAAAUAUCUUCAAAAACAAAUAUAGUUAACUUUGCCGUCAAAGAACAAGGGUUGGAAAAUCAGUUGCUUGGAGUUGUCAUUAGAAAAGAAAGACCUGAAUUAGAGGAGCAAAAAGAUAUCUUAGUUCGUAAUAUUGCCAACGGAAAGAAAAAAAUUAAACAAUUAGAAGACGAUAUAUUGCGAUUGCUGAACGAAGCGAAAGGUUCUCUUCUUGACGAUGAACAGCUACUUCUGACGCUGCAAACAUCGAAAGCCACAUCUCAAGAAGUUCAUGAUUCCCUGAUGACGUCGGAAGCAACUGAAGCUAAGAUUGAUGAAACAAGAGAGGGUUAUCGACUCAGCGCGGAGAGGGCAUCUAUAUUGUUUUUUGCUUUGAAUGAUGUGGGUGCUAUUGAUCCCAUGUACAAAUUUUCAUUGGAAUCCUACAUCGAUUUAUUCAAUUUGUCUAUUGAUAAAUCUCACAAAAGUUCAAAGUUGGAAGAAAGAAUUGCACAUCUGAAUGAAUAUCACACAUAUUCCGUUUAUAGAUUUGCAUGCCGCGGCAUCUUUGAAAAACACAAGCUGAUUUUUUCUUUCCAUAUGUGCAUAAAAAUUUUAAAAUCUGCUGGAAAGAUAAAUACUGAAGAGUAUAAUUUUUUUCUAUACGGCGGAAUUGUACUGGAUCGAGAUAAUCAAAUGGAUAACCCUUGUAAUUGGUUACCAAAUGCAUGUUGGGACAACAUUACUGAGCUGGAUAAAUUGACAAACUUUCACGGUUUAACCACUUCAUUUGAACAAUAUCAAAAAGAUUGGAAUACCUGGUAUACAACAGCUGAACCAGAAACUUCAACUCUUCCAGGAGAAUGGGAUAUAUCUUGUAAUGAAUUGCAAAGAAUACUUAUUGUAAGAUCAAUUAGACCUGAUAGGGUCUCGUUUUGUGUAACAUCGUUUAUAACGAAUAACCUAGGAUCAAAAUAUAUUGAGCCACCUAUUUUGAAUUUUAAAUCAGUUGUCGAGGAAUCUACUUGUAAAACUCCAUUAAUUUUUAUACUGUCACCUGGAGUUGACCCUACAAAUGACUUGAUAGCUGUAGCUGAAUCUAAAGGAAUGUUUCCAAAUAAAUUUUGUUCUCUUUCCUUAGGACAGGGACAAUCUUACCAAGCAACUCACAUUAUUAAAAAAAGUAUCAAAGAGGGAUUAUGGGUUUUUCUUGCUAAUUGUCAUUUAUCUAUUAAUUGGAUGCCUUCUUUGGAUAAACUCGUAAAAGAAGUUCAGUCCGAGGAGACUUGUCCCCAUCCAGACUUUAGACUUUGGUUAAGUAGCAGUCCUGAUUCUCGUUUUCCAAUUUCUAUUUUACAAAUUGGCAUCAAAAUGACAACUGAACCGCCAAAAGGCUUAAAAGCCAAUAUGAAAAGAAUGUAUUCCAGGAUAACUGAUCACCAAUUUAUCCGAAGCAAACAUCCUGAAAAAUACAAAAAAUUGCUUUUCUGUUUAAUAUUUUUCCACUCCAUUUUGAUUGAACGAAGAAAAUUUUCAAUGCUUGGAUGGAAUAGUAGAUAUAAUUUCGAGGACUCUGAUUUUGAGGUUUCUGAAGGUUUGCUUAAUUUAUAUUUGGAUGAAUAUGAAGAAACUCCUUGGGAAGCACUAAAAUUUUUGGUUUCAUCUAUUAAUUAUGGAGGUCAUGUGACAGACGAUUGGGAUCGAAGAUUAAUUAAUGUUUACAUUUCUGAUUUCUUUUGCGAAGACGUUUUGACUUCUCCAUCGUACAAAAUGUCUAGUUUGCCAAGUUAUUACGUUCCAAGAGACGGGUCAUUAAACUCAUAUCGAGAAUAUGUAAGCAUGCUACCAAACAUGGAUCAUCCAGAAGUUUUUGGUCAACAUACAAAUGCUGAUAUAACAUCUCAAACUGAAGAAGCUAAAAUUUUAUUCGAUACUUUGUUAUCAAUGCAGGCUCAUAUUUCAAUUUUUACCGGAGAUAAAGAAGAAAAGGUAUUAGAGACAUCUGAAAAUAUUAAAAAAUUGUUACCUGAAUCCAUCGAUUACUCUACCACAGAAAAAAUUUUUGCAACGGAUAGAUCGCCUUUGAAAACUGUUCUUUUACACGAGAUUUUAUGGUACAACAAACUUCUUGAUCAAGUCAAAGAACAACUGAAUCAGCUUGAAAAAGGCAUAAAAGGAUUGCUGGUAAUGUCUCCAGAAUUAGAAGAGGUGUUUAAAUGUCUUUAUGAGGGAAAAGUACCAAACGCUUGGCAAAAAGUGUAUCCAUCCCAGAAAUUACUGUACGCUUGGACACGUGAUUUAGUUUACAGAGUUGAACAAUUUCAAAUAUGGGCAUCUACCGCCCAUUCUCCAAAAAUCUUUUGGUUUUCAGGCUUCAUACACCCAAUUGCUUUUUUAAACGCUGUGCUACAAACAUUUUCAAGGAAUAAUGGGAUAUCUAUGGAUCUUUUAUCAUGGGAUUUCAGUGUAAUGACCGUAGAUGAUAGCAAUAUUGUUUCAGCUCCUAAGGACGGUGUCCUGGUGAAAGGUUUGUAUCUGCAAGGUGCUGGCUGGGACAUAAAAAACUCUUCUUUAAUUGAGGCUGAUCCAAUGCAAUUAGUUUGCUCACUUCCAACCAUACAUUUCAAACCAGUUGAAUUGAAACGAAGAACUCAAAAAGGUAUUUAUAGCACGCCUUGUUAUUAUUGUCCUAAUCGAGAAGGUUUAAAAGAUCGUAUUUCCUUCGUUGUAGCAAUUGAUUUGAAAAGUGGUGAAAAAAGUCCGGAGCACUGGGCGAAAAGAGGUACAGCGGUUUUAAUGAGUCUGGAUUCAUGA